AUGGGUUUUCACGACUUGGCUCACUUUAAUGAUGCCCUUUUGGCGAAACAAGCUUGGAGGCUCUUGCAUAAUAACGAAAUCCUCUUCUACAAAGUUUUUAAGGCAAAUUUCUUCCUGAAUCACUCUAUCUUAGAAGCCAAGGAAUCAAGUAUGGGGUCCUACGCUUGGAAGAGUAUUUUGCAUGGUCUUGAUGUUAUCCUAGAUGGUGCUUGUUGGAGGGUGGGGAAUGGUAAAUCUAUCAAGAUACUCUCUCCAAUGGUAGACACAAUGGAAGAAGCUACAGUUGAUUGCUUAAUUGAUGAAGGAACUAGAACGUGGAAUGCAACAAUGGUGGAUGAGAUUUUUGCACCUCAAGAAGCCGAAGAAAUAAAAAAUAUUUUGUUGGCUAGGAAUGAAAUGGAAGACUCCAUGUAUUGGCCAUGGGAGCAUGAUGAGAGAUAUAGCUGCAAAACGGGCUACCGAUUCUUAAAGGAGGAUGAAGUUGGUUUUCAGGUGGCAGAGAAUCAAGACCAAGAAAAAGGGCUGUGGAAGAAGAUUUGGGCUCUUGAAUGCCCAAAUAAAGUAAGAAAUCUUAUCUGGAGGGCUUGCCGUAAUUCACUCCCAUCAAAGUGCAAUCUUGUACGUCGCACAAUUAUUUCAGAACAGAGCUAUGACUACUACAAGGAAGGAAAUGAAGAUGUUUUGCACACAGUAUGGAGCUGCAAAGAGCUGGAUGGAGUUUGGGGAGCAAAUAGUAUAUGGAGCUUUCGGAACCAACGAUGCUUUGCCAGCUUCAGCGAGCUCUUGGCAUGGGUCUGUGAUCACCAGAGGAAUCCGGUCCUGUUUGCAUUCACCAUUUGGUCCAUUUGGCACCAAAGAAAUCAAGUGAGAACACAACAAACCCAUCGUCCUCUUAACCAUCUCUCUCAAUGGGCUUACAAUAGGUACAUGGAGUUCAAAGCUCUGAAAACGGCACCAAUUACCAGUAGACCAAAGAGUAGAGUCUGGUGGAAACCACCUGCUUAG